CCGGCCGUGUGCGGGCGGAGCGCGGGGAACCCGAGCAGCCCGAGGCGGUGGCUGCACCGCCGCCCGCCGGGCCAUUGCCGGGCCGCUGGCGGGGGGGGGGGCCCAGGGGACCGCGGCCGGCCUGCAUCCGCCGGGGAGCGACCCAGGGUUGCGCGAGAGGCCCUACCGACGGCGUCCCCAUUGGCCACCCCAGAGUUGGCCGAGUGAAACUUUUCCCUUCGCGCUUCGGCUCGGAGCCCGCGCCUCUCGCUGCCCGGAUCCACCGCCCGUGGGAAGCGAAGUGGGGGGGACAGGCCCGCGGCUCGCCGCCCCCCCGGCCCCGCCUCCCGUCUGGGCUCAGCCGGGCGAGGCGGCGGGGCCCCCCAGGCGAUGGCCGCGGAGCUGGCGAUGGGCGCCGAGCUGCCCAGCAGCCCGCUGGCCAUCGAGUACGUGAACGAUUUCGACCUGAUGAAGUUCGAGGUGAAGAAGGAGCCGCCCGAGGCCGAGCGCUUUUGCCACCGACUGCCACCCGGCUCGCUGUCCUCGACGCCGCUCAGCACACCGUGUUCCUCCGUGCCCUCUUCGCCCAGCUUCUGCGCGCCCAGCCCCGGCACCAGCGGCGGCGCGGGGGGCGGCGGAGGCGCGGCGCAGGCCGGGGCCACCCCGGGGCAGGCGAGUGGGGGCCCCGGCGCCGUCGGGGGCGCCUCGGGGAAGCCGGCGCUGGAGGAUCUGUACUGGAUGAGUGGCUAUCAGCACCACCUUAACCCCGAGGCGCUCAACCUGACGCCCGAGGACGCGGUAGAGGCGCUCAUCGGAAGCGGCCACCACGCUGGGCACCACGGCGCGCACCACCCAGCGGCCGCUGCGGCCUACGAGGCCUUCCGGGGCCAGGGCUUCGCGGGCGGCGGCGGCGCGGACGACAUGGGCGCCGGCCACCACCACGGCACCCACCACGCCGCCCACCACCACCACCACGCCGCCCACCACCACCACCACCACCACCACGGCGGCGCCGGCCACGGCGGCGGCGGCACGACCCACCACGUGCGCUUGGAGGAGCGCUUCUCCGACGACCAGCUGGUGUCCAUGUCCGUGCGCGAGCUGAACAGGCAGCUCCGCGGCUUCAGCAAGGAGGAGGUCAUCCGGCUGAAGCAGAAGCGGCGCACGCUUAAGAACCGCGGCUACGCGCAGUCGUGCCGCUUCAAGCGGGUGCAGCAGCGGCACAUUCUGGAGAGCGAGAAGUGCCAGCUCCAGAGCCAGGUGGAGCAGCUGAAGCUGGAGGUGGGGCGCCUGGCCAAGGAGCGGGACCUGUACAAGGAGAAAUACGAGAAGCUGGCCGGCCGGGGCGGCCCCGGGGGCGCGGGCGGGGCCGGCUUCCCGCGGGAGUCCUCGCCGCCGCAGGCCGGGCCGGGCGGGGCCAAGAGCGCGCCCGACUUCUUCCUGUGAGCGCGGGGCCGGGAGCCCGCGCCACCGCGGAGUAGAGGCUCGCGCGUGCGGCCGGGGACCUAGACUUGGACUCCGCAGCUCAGGGCGAAGACGCA